AUGCUCCGGUUAGCUUGUGUACUCUUCCUAGCCAUCCUGCCGUGGUCAGCAGAUGCACAGAAUGUGAAUGACAACUGUGGGCUUUCUGGCAAUGUAACGGCGAUCAAGGACGUGCCAUGGAUAGCAUCGGUUCAGCAUGAUAAUAAGCACAUAUGCAUAGGGACAAUUCUUAACACAAAGCACAUACUAACUGCCUCGGAGUGCCUGAAAAGCAGGAAAAUACCAGGUCUUAAGGUUCGCGUGGGAAAUGCCAAUCGGGACUCAGGAUUGGCUAUGGCAGUUUGUAAGGUUCUACCCCAUCCGAACUCCGUCGGCCAAAAAGGGUUCGGCAGCAAUCUGGCCUUGUUGACCCUCUGUGAACCACUGACCCCCUCUGAAGAGGUCAAGGAGAUCGCCAUAGUUGACACAGAGCCCGAUAAGGACUCCAAAGCCGAGGCCUCGGUCGCUGGAUGGGGUUCCCUCAGCUGGUGGCGAUGGAUUGUAAAGCCAUGCUGGACUGUCUCAUCGGCGGUACUGCGGAAAUCCAAUGUCCAGCUCAUGGAUGUAGAUAAAUGCGCCAGUGAACGCAAGGGUUGGAAUUGGUUCUCCAAUCCACUGGCAACGGAUCUUAAAGUUUGCACUGCUAAGAAGGAGAAGUACUGCUCCUUCGACAAGGGUGCUCCUUUGGUCAUCGAUGGCAAACUGGCCGGCAUAUUGGUCCUUGGCGAUUGUGACCGAAAGCCCGAUGUCUUUGUCAGUUUGUUCAAACACAAGACUUGGCUACAAGCUAAUACUAAGGACACGUAA